UCCUCCCCUCCCCCUCUCCUCCCCUCCCCCCUCUCCUCCCCCCUUCCCCUCCCCUCCUCCCCCCUCCUCUCACCGCGCGGGGUGCUAGGAAGGCUGGGGUGGGCGAGGGCCGAGGGCCGAGGGCUGCGGCAACCGGGGGGCGGAGGCGCAUUGUGAAGUGGCCAGAGCGUCACAGGCGGCCCGGACCCCCGGGAUCCGAGGGCGGGGCGGGUCUCCGCAGCGCCCCCCGUGAGGUCCAGGGACCCUGGCUCAGACGCUGGGCGCGCGGGGAGGGAGCAUGGAGGGCUUCGGCCGCUUCUCCCCGUGGCCUCACUCGGACCUCUGGGAGGCCCCGCCGCCCCGCAAGGAGCGCGCAUCCUCGGCGCGGCUGGGCGGGUCAGGGCCGCAGAGCGAGCAGGGCCUGUGCUCCCGGCCCGGGACUCCCCGCGAGCGGAGCGAGGCCUCGGCGCCCUGGCCGCACCUGCGCUGCUCGCCCACCCCGCGGCCCCGCCGGCGCCGGUACCCGGACUUUCCGCCUGAAAGCCGCAGCCUGACCGACGUGGCCCGGAGGCCCCCGGACCACGCCAGGAAGCACCGGCCCCGCAGCCGGCGCCUGGAAGACGCCUGGGGGGAGGCGGGUACCAAGCCCCUGGAGCAGGGAGGCAGGCCGCCUAGCCCGGCCUGGCAGCAGCAGCCCCAGCUGCCACCGCAACAGCCUCAGCCCUGCCAGCACUACCCUCCGGCCCGGGGAGAUUCGCCCCCACCUUACCCGCAGGGAGCUUACACUCCCCCGAGUGGAACUUUCGGGGUAGAAAAGGUGCAGAGCGGAGACCAGUGGGCAGUGCCGGCCUGCAGAGGUCUCGGUCGCUGGUCCCUUUCCUCGGUUCACACGAAGAAGUGUUCUGUGCCCUCCAGAGAGUUCGGGACGCAGUCAGGUUGCGUGUACCUCCAGAAAAGAUACCGUAAUGAUCCGGUGGAGUCCUUAGCCAGCCAGUACUCCCAGCACUCGCUCUCCAGCAAGGCGAUGCAGAACCAGCACACCCAGAUCCUCAAGAACAAGCUGGAAGAGGCAGUAAUGUCCUCCAGGGACCGGAAGAUUGUGGCCCUGGUGCUGACCUGGCUCAAGAAGGCCCAGAGGAUGCGGGAGCUGCAGCAGCAGGCGGCCCUAGCCUGGGAGGAGCUGAAGCGCUCGGACCAGAAGGUCCAGUUGACCCUAGAGACAGAGCGCAAGCUGCUGCUGCAGCAGAGCCAGGAGCAGUGGCAGCAGGAGAAGGAGCAGCGUGUCCGACGGUGGGACCGGCAAGCGACGAACACGAGCCGGCAGGAGCGCAGGUGGAAGGCGCAGCUAGGGGACCAAGAGAACCAGCGCCAGGAGAAGCUGGAGGGGGCCCCCUCUGAGACCGAGGCCAAGCGCGGGACGCAGUACCAGGUGCAGCGCCUGCAGGAGCACGAGAGGAUGAUGCAGGACCUGCGGGAGCAGAACAGCCUGCAGCUGCAGAAGAGGCUGAAGCAGGUCUGUCUAAAGAGGCAUGUGCACACCACCGAGGGCCAGAAGAAGAUCCAGGAGACCCGUCUUAGCUCCCUAGUCAAUUACCAGGCCCGGAAGGUCCUCAGGGACUGCCAGGCCAAGGCUGAGGAGCUCCUUAGGAAGCUGUCCCUGGAACAGAGUUCCCAGUGGUCCCAAGAGAUCCCCCAGGGCCUGAUUAAGGAGCAUCACCGGGAGCCGAAGGAGAAGGUCAAGAAGGAGGAGGAGCAGUGCCAGCAGGUCAAGGGGUGCGCGGAAGAGUCCGGGGAGCAGAGGAAGGGGCACGAGCGGCUGCCCGUGGAGCUCGCGGACCAGAAGACCCUGCAGACCAGGAGUAACGUCCACAGGAAUAUCAGCGACAAGGUGCAGCAGAUUCGGGAGCUCAACAUCCUGCGGGAGAAGAAUCAUCACAUCCUGAAGCUGAAAGCCGAGAAGGAGGAAAAGUGCCACAUCGAGCGCAUUAAGGAAGCCAUUAGGAAAAAGGAGCGGAAGAUGGAGCAGAUCUCGCGAGAGAAAGAUGCACCCUUCGGUGAAUUCCAAAAGAUCUCCAGGGCCUCCAGGGCAGACAACGUGAGAAAGUUUGCCAACAACUUCUUUGAUCCGAUAGGGCGGGAGGCCCAGGUUCGAGCUGGGCAGCAGAGAGGAGGCCACUGAGAACCUGACGACAAAUAGCUUACAGCCCAGGCGGCUAGAAAGAGAUGUGGCAAUGUGAUUCGUUUUAUAAUCUGAUUAUAAUUGAGCAUUCAUUUUUUAAAAGUGUAUAAAAUAGCUGCAAUUUCGUCUGAUGAACUAGUUUAUUAAUUCAUUUGGAUGGUUGAGAGGGUUGGGGUAGAAAUUUGGAAAUUUUAAGAAAAUUACUUGCCUUUGUACAUUUGGAUUUAAGUAGAAAAUAUUCAUUUAGUUCUCAAGUAAUCUUAGAAGCAUAUGUCAGACACAUCUUUGAGGAACCAAAGAAAAAUCUACAGUGGGGAAUACAGUUCUGUGUCAUGAGCUAAUGCUGUUCCAGCCAAAUGCUGUGUACAUUCCCAGCAUUCUAGGAAAGUGCUUAAAAUAUCUCAGACAGACGUCCCAUGAAUCUAACUCUUCCUCUUGACAUAGAACAGUGUGAGAGAAUGCCAGAUAAAACAGCAGAUCCAGUCCUGCAAUACUCAAAAUGUCCAGGUUUCAAUUCAAAAUCACACUUCGUGUCAAGAACCAAGAAUAUCUCGAACUGAAUGAAAAAGACAAUAGGUGUCAAUGUGAGGAUGACAAAUGUUAGAAAUAUCUAAAGAUCUUAAAGAAGCCAUGAUAAAAAUGCUUCAACAAGCAAUUAUGAACACACUUGAAACAAGCAAAAUAUAAAAUUGUCUUGGCAAAUAGAAAGCCUCAAAAAAAAAAAUACGAGAUAUAAAGAAGAACCAAAUGUAAAUUUUAGAACUGGAAAACACAUUAACAAAAAUAAAAAGCUCAGUGGAUGAGCUAAACAGCAGAAUGGAGGGGACAGAAGAAUCAGUGAACUGUAAGACAGAACAAUAAAAAUUACCAACUCUGAGAAAUAGAAAAUUACCAAAAAAAAAAAAAAAAAAAAAAAAAAUAGCAGAGCCUCAUGGACCUGUGGGACUAUAACAGAAGUUCUAACAGUCAUGGCAUGUCCCCAGAGGAGAGAAGUAAGAAGGUAGGGCUGAAAAAGUGCUCAAGGUAAUAAUGGCUGAAAACUUUUCAAAUUUGGUAAAGAGCUAACCCUACAUAUUCAAGAAGUUGAGUGAACCCCCCCAAAAGAGUAAACCCAUAGAAAUCCAUAAGACAUAUCAUAGUCAAACUUCUAAAACUGAAGAAAAGAAAAAAAUUCUUGAUCAGAGAAUGAGAAAAUAAGCCACAGACUGGGAGAAAACAUUUGCAAAAGAGUGGCUAUAUUAAUAUGAGACAAAGUGCACUUCAGAGCAAAAAUUACCAUAGACAGGACCAUCAUAAACUUACAAGAGAGUCAAUCCACUGAGAAGACAUAGUUCUAAACAUCUAUGUAUAAACAACAGAAUUACAAAAUAUAUGAAGCAAAAACCAAUAGAACUAGAAAAAGGAAUAAAAUCACAGUUGCAGCUGGAGACUUGAACACCCUUCUCUCAACAAUUGAUAGGACUUCUAAAAAGAAAAUCAACAAAGAUACAGAAAAACUUAACACCAUCAACUAACAGGAUCUAAUCAACAGUUACAGAAAACCCCAGCCAGCAGCAGCAGAACACACAUUCUUUUCCAGCACUCAUGGAACAAAUAGCAAGAGAGAUCAUAUCCUGGUCCAGAAAAUAAACUCAGGACAUUUAAAUUAUUGAAAUCAUACAAAAUGUGUUCUCUGACCACAAAAGCAUCAAACUAGAAAACAAUUACAAUGAUACCAGGAAAAUCUCCAACAGUUAGAAAUUAAUCAGAACUCUUCUAAACAAUCCCUAAGUCAACGUCUCAAAGGAAAAUUUUUAAAAUACAUUGAAUUUAAUUAAAAUAAAAUGUCAGAUUUGUGGGACACAGCAAAAGCAGUGCUGAGAGGGAAAUUUAUAGAAUUAAGUACAUUUAAAAAGGCAAAAAUCUCAAAUCAGUAAUCUAAGCUCUCACCUUAGAAUAACCUAGAAAUAGAGCAAAAUUAAACCCAAAGCAAACAAAGAAAAUCGAAGAACAGAAAUCAAUUCAAAUAAAAUUGAAAAAUUCUCUGAAAAAUUCAAUAAAAUAGACAAACCGCUAACAAGACUGAUAAAGAAAAAAGAGAAGACACAAAUUACCAAUAUCAUGAAUGAAACAGCAAUAUCACUACAGACCCUGAAGACAUCAAAAGGAUAAUAAGGGAAUGCUAUGAGCAACUUUACACAAAGUUUGACAACUUAGAUAAACGGACCAAUUCCUCCAAAAACACAAACUACCACAACUCACCCAAUAUGAAAUAGAUCAUUUGAAUAGCCCAUAAUCACUAAUGAAAUUAAAUUCAUAAUUUUAAAACUCUCCCCCCAAAAUCUCCUGGCUAAAUGGUAACACUCAAGAAUUUCACAAAUGCUUAGACAAGAAAUAACACCAAUUCUACACAACCUCUUCCAACAAAAUGGAAGAGAAGGGAACGCUUCCCAGUUUAUUUCAUGAAGUUAGUGUUACCACAAUACCAAAACAAAGACAGUGUGAAACAAACCAAACCUGCAGAAUAAUGUCACUCAUGAAUAUAGAUGUAAAGAUCCUUAACAAAACGUUAGCAAAUUGCAUUCAACAGUAUAUAAAAAGAAUUAUGCACUACAACAAAGUUGGAUUUAUUCCAAGACUGCAAGGCUGAUUCAGUACUUGAAAAUCAAUCACCAUAUUAAUAAUCCAGCACAUUAGCAAAUUGAAGAAAAGCACAUGAACAUAUAAAUCAAUACAGAAACAGCAUCUGACAAAAUUCAACACCCAUUCAUGAAUAAUACUUUCAGAAAAAUAAAAAUAAAGGGGAACUUCCUCAACUUGAUAAAGAGCAUCUACAAAAAAAUCUACAGCAAGCAUUACACCUAAGUGAAAGACUACAUGCUUUCUCCCAAGAUCGGGAACAAGGCAAGCGUGUCCAUCCUCACUGCUCUUAUUCAACAUCAUGCUGGAAAGCAAGAAAAGAAAAUAAAAAGCAUAAGAUUGGAAAAGAAGAAACAAAACGAUCCUUAUUCAUAGAUGACAUGAUGGUUUAUAUAGAAAAUCCAAAGGAAUCUAUGUAAAUCUUCUAAUAAGUGAGUUUAGCAAGAUCACAGGAUACCAGAGCAGCAUACAAAAAUCAAUCAGAUUUCUAUAUAUUAUCAAUGAACACAUGGUCACUGAAAUUUAAAAAUACACUACCAUUUACAAUAACUCAGAAAAACUUACAUAUAAAUCUAAUAAAACAUAUAUAUGACUUACUUGCUGAAAACCACAAAAAGCUGAUGAAAGAAAGAAGACCUAAAUAAAUAGACCUACUAUCCAUGGAUUAGAGGACUCAACAUAAUAAAGAUGUCAAUUCUCCCCCACUGAUAAACAGAUUUAUUGUAAUUCCUCUUAAAGUCUCAGAUUUUUAGUAGAUAUGGACAAGGUUAUUCUAAGAUGUAUACGGAAAGGCAAAGGAACUAGAAGAGCUAAAACAAUUUUGAAAAAGAGAAAGUGAGAGGAAUCAGUCUGCCCAGUUUCAUGACUUAUUACAUGGCUGCAGUAAUUAAGACUAUGUGAUACUGAUGAAGACAUAGACACAUACAUUAAUGGAACAGAAUAAAGAAACCAGAAAGAGACCCACAGAAAUAUGUCCAAUUAUCAUUUUCGGCAAAGAUGCAAAAGCAAUUUGAUGGAGAAGGACAGACAGCUCAACAUGAUACUGCUGGAACAAGUGGAUAUCUACAGGCAAAAAGUAAGGAAGUAACAGAGAGAGAGAGAGGGAGGGAGGAAAGGAGGGAAGGAGAAGGGGAGGAAGGAAGGAAAGACUUCAACCCAAGUCUCAGAUCUUAUACAAAAAUUAACUCAAAGUGGAUCAUGGACUUAAAUGCAAAUUGUAAUACAAUAAAGUUUUCAGGAAAAAAUCUUCAGGAUCUAAAGUUAGGCAAAGAGUUCUUAAACUUGACACCAAAAGCACAAUCUAUAAAAGAAAAAAUUGAUAAAUUGGACUUUAUCAAAAUUAAAAACUUUUGCUAUGUGAAGGAAUCUGUUAAGAGGAUAAAAUGACAAGUUAUGGGAUGAGAAAAUGCAAGUUUAAACUAUAAUGAGAUAUCAUUAUUCACCUAUUGAAUGGCUAAAAUAAGAAAUAGUGACAACACAGAAUGCUGGCAAGGAUGCAGAGAAACUGGAUCACCCAGGCAUUGCUGGUGGAAAUGCAAAAUGGUACAGUCACUCUGGAAAGCAAUUUGGCAGUUUCUUCAAAAACUAAAGAUGUAACUACCAUAUGACACAGCAAUUGCAGUCCUGGGCAUUUAUCCCAGAGAAAUUGACUUAUGUUCGUACAAAAACCUAUAUAUGGAUUUUUAUAACAGUUUUAUUCAUAAUAACCCAAAACUGAGUUAACCCAGAUGUCCUUCAACAGCUAAAAGGUUAAACAAACAGUGGUACAUCCGUACCAUGAAAUACUACUCAGCAAUGAAGAGGAAACAACUACUGAUACACACGACAACUUAGAUGAAUCUCCAGAGAAUUAUGCUGACUGAAAAAAGCCAAUCCCAAAAGGUUACAUAGUGUGUGAUUCUACUUAUAUAACAUUAAUGAAAUGACAGGAUUGCAGAAACGAAAAACAGAUUAGUGGCUGUCAAGGAUUAUAGAUGGGAUGGAGGUGGAGGAAAGUGUUUAUGGUGAUAAAAGGGCAACAUGAGGGGUCCUUCUGGUGAAGGAAAUGUUCUGUAUCUUGGCUGUCAAUGUCAGUAUCCUAGGUGUGAUACUGUACUAUAGUUUACAAGAUGUUAUCAUCAGGAAAAAUUGGGUAAAGGGCACAUAAGAUCUCUCUGUCCUACUUCUUAAAACUGUAUGUGAAUCUACAAUUAUCUCAAAAGAUUUCUAAAAAUAAAAUAAAA